AUGUUGUCCAUUGGCUUCAUCCAUGUUCUUUCUGACGCCAAUGAAAACUUAACAUCUCCUUGCCUUAGUGAAAAUCCUUGGGAUAAGUUUCAAUUAGCCAAACUGUUGGCUAUGGCUGCUAAGAUUGGUAGAUUGAUGGUUGGUGUGUUUGCUACAUCUCAUUGCACCAAGUCUCACCUUCACAAAACCCAUGAGAGCAACUAUGUUGAUGAAGAGAAAAUAGGGAAAACCCAUGGUCAUGAUUCGGUUUCUAUGCUUGAGCGUUCGGAUUCAGCUCAACUUCAUAGACUCCAAAUAUGUAUUGGAAUGGCACACUCUAUGAUUAUAGGGAUACCAUUGGGUGCUUCUGAAAGUCCAAAGGCUAUAAAACCUUUGGUGGCUGCACUCACCUUUCAUCAGUUCUUUGAAGGCAUGGGACUUGGUGGAUGCAUUUCCCAGGUGGGAUUAAGGUUUAGGGCUGGGUUUAUCGGAAUAAGAGACAACCUUGGGAGAUCCAUCAACAGGUUCAGUGUCCAAGGAAGCCAUCGGUGA